AUGUAUCUUUCAUUUAUCAACUUCACUGGUAAUGUGGACCUUGGAGUGUUUACACUGCUGUACCGCCUUGAAGAGUUAGUUCUUUCAGGUCUAUCAGUCAAUGUCGAUAGUGACAAGAAUUAUACUUUUCCUAGUCUAGGGUCACUAAGUUUACAAGACUGCAGCCUCCGUGAAUUCCCCAACAUCUCAUCGACACUUAACAGGGGAUUGACGACACUAGAUCUGUCUUCCAAUAUGAUUUAUGGUGAGAUUCCAGGAUGGUUAUGGGAGGCGGGAAGGGAAUCUUUGUUUUCUAUAGAUAUUUCGAAUAACUUUUUAACUGGAGGAACUCCAAGGCAAAUUCCCCUGUGGAAACUGGAUACAAUUGGGAUUGUGAAUAAUCUGCUUCAGGGACAACUCCCUGCUCCACCACCUUCCAUGACUGCGUUCUACGCUGCAGGCAAUAGGUUCGACGGAGACAUCCCGUCUCUAAUUUGCAAUGCCAGUUCUCUUCUUAUGCUGACCUUGUCUGAGAACAACCUCACCGGUAGCAUUCCACAAUGUUUGGCAAAUCUGACCGUCUGUGAUCUGAAGAUUCUUGGAGAUAUGGCGUUGUCGGACAACUUCUUCAAUGGCAGAAUCCCUGAGUGUAUAGGAAACAUAAGCUCGCUAUCGGGAUUGGCCUUGAGAAAUAAUCAGUUGGAAGGGUCUCUUCCACCUUCCUUGGUGAACUGUACUCGUCUGACUUCAGUUGAUAUCGGCCACAACAUGAUAAAUGAUACUUUUCCCUUCUGGAUGGAGAGUCUGCCUAUAUUACAGACUCUCAAACUGGACUCAAACAAGCUUCACGGACCUUUAGACAAGUUUGUGGCCGAAUUCUCAUUUCCCAGUCUAUUUGAGAUCAACCUUGCUCAUAAUGAUCUCCGUGGUCAUUUGUCAACUAAGCCUUUUAAGAGUGCACAUCAGGUUGAUCUUUCCAACAACAAGUUUGACGGUUCAGUUCCGAUUCCUGGAGCCAGGACUCUGUUGUACUCGCUCUCGAACAACAAGUUUGCAGGAGUAUCUUCUUCGAUCUGCAAUGCGAGCGAUCUUGAAGUAUUAAACUUGUCUAACAACAGCUUGUCUGGCACUAUUCCUAAUUGUUUGACAAGUUCCAAUACGAGUCUCUCAGUUUUGAACCUUCGCAUGAAUUACUUCCAAGGUGAACUUCCUGAAAUACUCGGAGGUAAUAGCAGCUUAAGGACUCUUGAUUUCAGUCGAAAUAGACUUGACGGUGUUGUUCCUCGAUCUCUCUUAAACUGCCAAAUGCUGGAAGUUCUGGAUCUUAGCUAUAACAUGAUAGAGGACACGUUCCCACGCUGGUUGGGAAGCCUCCCCAAACUGCAAGUCCUUGUCCCGAAGUUGAAUAACUUCGACGGCUCGGUCCAAAGUCCCGAUGCAGAUUAUUCGUUCCCAAAGUUGCAAAUUUUGGACCUUUCCAGCAGCCAUUUCGGUGGUCCUUUGUCAUCUGAGUUCAUUGAAUGUUUACAAGCAAUGAUGACAGGUUCAGAGAUUGCGUUGGAGAAGAUUUUAACGACUUUUACAACCGUUGAUCUGUCCAAUAACAAUUUCCAAAUGGAGAUUCCGGAUGCCAUUGGAAAGCUCAUCUCGCUUCGAGGCCUGAACCUCUCUGGAAAUAACAUCACAGGACACAUUCCACAGUCGAUUGGCAAUCUUGCCAAUCUGGAAUGGCUAGAUCUUUCAACUAACAAGCUCAGUCGAAGAAUUCCUGGAGAAUUGAAGGACCUCACGGCUCUGUCGUUCCUAAACUUCUCAGGAAAUCAACUCUUUGGUCCUAUUCCCCAAGGCAAUCAGUUCAAUACUUUCGAUAAUGACUCUUUUGCCGGUAACUUGGGAUUAUGCGGAUUUCCCCUGUCAAAAGCUUGUGAUAGCCAUGAAAAUCAACCACCACCACCUUCCAUCCCUGAAGAAGAUUCUGCGCGUACAAAUAUUUUUGACUGGAAGAUAAUCUUGAUGGGAUAUGGAUGCGGACUGAUAGGUGGAUUGUCCAUGGGAUACAUUGUCUUCCAAACCAGAAGACCUGAAUGGUUUGUUAGAAUGUUCGAGGAGAAGUUCUGCAAAAGGCCAAAGAGGCCAAGGAAGAACCUUCCUAGAUUUCACGGAAGAUGA